AUGGCGAUCUACAAUUACAAUGCAUCCCAAGACGUGGAGCUGUCUUUGCAGAUCGGGGACACCGUCCACAUUCUGGAGAUGUACGAAGGUUGGUUCAGAGGAUACACGCUGAGAAAUAAGGCGAAAAAGGGGAUUUUCCCUGAAACGUACAUCCAUUUGAAGGAGGCGACCGUGGAGGAUCGAGGGCAACAUGAGACCGUGAUUCCCAGUGAGGUGCCAUUGGUGCAGGAGCUCACGUCUACCCUUCGAGAAUGGGCAGUCAUCUGGCACAAGCUCUAUGUGAACAACAAGGUCACCCUCUUCCGCCAGCUGCAGCAAAUGACCUACAGCCUGAUUGAGUGGAGGUCUCAGAUCCUGUCAGGGACCCUCCCCAAGGAUGAGCUGGCUGAGCUUAAGAAGAAGGUCACAGCCAAGAUUGAUCACGGCAACAGGAUGCUUGGACUGGACCUUGUGGUACGCGAUGACAACGGAAACAUUUUGGAUCCCGAUGACACCAGCACGAUUGCCCUGUUCAGGGCCCACGAAGUGGCCUCCCAGCGGAUUGAAGAAAGGAUCCAAGAAGAAAAGUCCAUCUUACAGAAUCUGGACUUGCGGGGCCAGUCAAUCUUCAACACGAUGCACACCUACUGUCUCUAUGUCAACUUCAAGAACUUUGUCUGCAAUAUUGGGGAGGACGCUGAGCUGCUUAUGGCCCUCUAUGACCCCGAUCAGUCCAGAUUUAUCAGUGAGAACUACCUGAUCCGCUGGGGCAGCAACGGGAUGCCGAAGGAGAUCGAGAAGCUCAAUAAUCUUCAGGCUGUCUUUACCGAUCUCAGCAGCACCGACCUUAUCCGGCCCAAGAUCAGCCUCGUGUGCCAGAUCAUCCGUGUGGGCCACAUGGAGCUGAAGGAGGGGAAGAAGCACACCUGCGGCCUCCGCAGGCCUUUUGGGGUGGCAGUGAUGGAUAUUACCGAUAUCAUACACGGGAAGGUUGACGAUGAAGAAAAACAACAUUUCAUUCCCUUUCAACAGAUCGCUAUGGAAACCUACAUCCGACAGAGGCAACUUAUCAUGUCACCCCUGAUAACCUCCCAUGUGAUCGGGGAGAAUGAGCCCCUCACAUCAGUCCUGAAUAAAGUGAUUGCAGCCAAGGAAGUGAAUCAUAAAGGACAAGGUCUUUGGGUUUCUCUGAAGCUGCUCCCUGGUGACCUCACACAAGUGCAGAAAGAUUUCUCACACUUGGUUGACAGGACCACAGCCAUAGCCCGAAAAAUGGGUUUCCCUGAAAUCAUCCUUCCAGGUGAUGUUAGGAAUGACAUCUAUGUCACCCUGAUCCACGGCGAGUUUGACAAAGGGAAGAAGAAGACCCCAAAGAAUGUUGAGGUGACCAUGUCCGUGUUUGAUGAGGAUGGCACAUUGCUUGAGAAAGCUAUUCAUCCAGGUGCUGGCUAUGAAGGCAUUUCGGAAUACAAGUCCGUUGUCUAUUACCAAGUCAAGCAGCCCUGCUGGUAUGAAACAGUCAAGGUAUCCAUUGCUAUUGAAGAGGUCACCCGUUGUCAUCUAAGAUUUACUUUCCGGCACAGGUCAUCACAGGAAUCCAGAGAUAAAUCUGAAAGAGCUUUUGGGGUGGCCUUUGUGAAGCUGAUGAACCCAGAUGGAACAACAUUGCAGGAUGGGAGGCAUAACCUGGUAGUGUAUAAGGGGGAUAAUAAGAAAAUGGAAGAUGCUAAGUUCUACCUGACCCUGCCCAGCACAAAGAUAGAGAUGGAGGAUAAGGAUUUCUCCCCAGGCAAAAAUACACACUUGUCCAACUUCACCCCAACCAAGGAUAGCACCAAGGACAGCUUCCAAAUCGCCACCCUUAUUUGCUCAACAAAACUGACCCAGAAUGUUGACCUGUUGGGGUUGUUAAAUUGGCGUUCCAACUCCCAGAACAUAAAACACAACUUAAAGAAGCUAAUGGAGGUGGAUGGGGGAGAAAUUGUAAAGUUCCUACAAGAUACUCUCGAUGCACUUUUUAACAUAAUGAUGGAAAUGUCUGACAAUGAAACGUAUGAUUUCCUUGUAUUUGAUGCACUGGUAUUUAUUAUCUCGCUGAUAGGAGACAUAAAGUUCCAGCAUUUUAAUCCUGUACUUGAAACCUACAUUUACAAACACUUCAGUGCCACCUUGGCAUAUGUGAAACUCACCAAAGUACUGAACCAUUAUGUGGGUAACGCUGAGGACUCCAGCAAGACGGAUUUGCUUUUUGCUGCCUUGAAAGCCUUGAAGUACCUCUUUAGAUUUAUUGUCCAGUCCCGCGUCCUGUACCUGAGAUUUUAUGGUCAAAGUGAAGAUGGGGAUGAAUUUAACAAUGCAAUUCGCAAGCUAUUUCUCUCCUUUAAUAACCUAAUGGACAGACCCCUGGAGGAGGCUGUUAAGAUCAAGGGUGCAGCUCUGAAGUACCUUCCCAAUAUAAUUAAUGACGUCAAGAUGGUGUUUGAUCCCGUUGAACUCAGCAUCCUCUUCAGCAAAUUCAUCCAAAGCAUCCCUGAUAACCAGCUGGUCCGACAGAAGCUUAACUGCAUGACCAAGAUAGUGGAGAGUAACCUUUUCCACCAGACGGAGUGCAGAGAUGCUCUGCUGCCCCUGCUCAUUGACCAGCUCAGCGGCCAGCUCGAUGACAACUCUAACAAGCCUGACCAUGAGGCGAGCUCACAGCUCCUCAGCAACAUCCUGGAAGUGCUGGACAGGAAGGAUGUGGGCCCUACCUCGAUGCACAUCCAGCUGAUCAUGGAGCGUCUCUUGAGGAGGAUCAAUCGGACUGUGAUCGGGAUGAGCAGGCAGUCUCCCCACAUAGGCAGCUUCGUCGCUUGCAUGACUGCCAUCCUGCGGCAGAUGGAUGAUUUCCAUUAUAACCACUACAUCAGCACUUUCAAGACAAGGCAGGAUAUCAUUGACUUCCUGAUGGAAACCUUCAUCAUGUUUAAGGAUCUCAUCGGGAAGAAUGUAUAUGCCCCAGACUGGAUGGUCAUGAAUAUGAUGCAGAACAGGGUUUUUCUCCGGUCUAUAAACCUAUUUGCUGAGGUUCUCACAAAGUUCUUCAUGGACCAGGCAAGCUUCGAACUCCAGCUUUGGAAUAAUUAUUUUCACUUGGCUGUCGCGUUCCUCACCCAUGAAUCCCUUCAGCUGGAAACCUUCUCUCAAGCCAAGCGCACCAAAAUGGUCAAGAAAUAUGGGGACAUGAGAAAGGAAAUCGGCUUUAGAAUCCGGGAUAUGUGGUAUAACUUGGGGCCCCACAAGAUCAAGUUCAUUCCCUCCAUGGUGGGUCCCAUCUUGGAGGUGACCUUGACCCCAGAGACAGAGCUCCGGAAGGCCACAAUCCCCAUCUUCUUCGACAUGAUGCAGUGUGAGUUCAAUUUCAGUGGAAAUCACAACUUCCAGAUGUUUGAAAACGAGCUGAUCACGAAGUUGGACCAGGAGGUAGAAGGAGGCCGAGGGGAUGAACAGUACAAAGUCCUGCUGGAGAAGCUACUCCUAGAACACUGCCGCAAACACAAAUACCUUGCCAGCUCUGGAGAAGUCUUUGCCCUCCUGGUCAGCAGCCUCCUGGAGAACCUGUUGGAUUACAGGACCAUCAUGCAUGAUGAAAGCAAAGAGAAUCGCAUGAGCUGUACAGUCAAUGUGUUGAAUUUUUAUAAGGAAAAGAAGAGAGAGGACAUUUACAUAAGGUACCUGUACAAGCUUCGGGAUCUGCAUCGGGACUGUGAGAACUACACAGAGGCCGCCAACACCCUUCUGCUGCACGCGGAGCUCCUCCAGUGGUCAGACAAGCCCUGUGUGCCCCACUUGCUCCAGAGGGACAGCUACCAUGUCUAUUCCCAACAAGAACUCAAAGAGAAGCUUUACCAAGAAAUCAUCUCGUACUUCGACAAGGGCAAAAUGUGGGAGAAAGCCAUCAAACUCAGCAAGGAGUUGGCCGAGACCUACGAGAGCAAAGUGUUUGACUAUGAGGGACUUGGCAACCUCCUGAAAAAACGGGCUUCAUUUUAUGAGAACAUCAUUAAAGCGAUGAGGCCCCAGCCAGAGUACUUUGCUGUCGGUUACUAUGGACAAGGCUUCCCGUCAUUUCUUCGGAACAAAAUCUUCAUCUAUCGAGGAAAGGAGUAUGAGCGAAGGGAAGACUUCAACCUUAAGCUGCUGACUCAGUUUCCCAAUGCAGAGAAGAUGACCAGUACAACUCCUCCAGGAGAGGAAAUCAAAUCAUCUCCCAAACAGUAUAUGCAAUGCUUCACGGUGAAGCCCGUGAUGAACCUACCUCCAAAUUACAAGGACAAACCUGUGCCAGAGCAGAUCUUGAAUUACUACAGGGCCAAUGAGGUUCAGCAGUUCCAGCAUUCCCGGCCCUUUCGGAAAGGAGAAAAGGAUCCUGACAAUGAGUUCGCAACCAUGUGGAUUGAGAGGACCACCUAUACCACCGCCUACACCUUUCCUGGGAUUCUCAAGUGGUUUGAAGUCAAGCAGGUUACCACGGAAGAAAUCAGCCCCUUGGAGAACGCCAUUGAGACCAUGGAGCUCACCAAUGAGAAGAUCAGCAACAGCGUCCAACAGCAUGCAUGGGACCGCUCACUCUCCUUGCACCCACUCUCCAUGCUACUCAAUGGCAUUGUAGACCCUGCUGUCAUGGGUGGAUAUUCCAACUAUGAAAAGGCCUUUUUCACAGAGAAGUACCAACAGGAGCACCCCGAGGACCAGGAGAAGAUUGAGCUGCUCAAACGGCUGAUCGCCUUACAGAUGCCCCUACUUGGAGAAGGGAUCCGAAUUCAUGGGGAGAAGCUGACGGAGCAGCUGAAGCCCCUGCAUGAUCGGCUCACCACCUGUUUCCGGGAGCUCAGGGAGAAGGUGGAGAAACUCUAUGGAGUCAUCACUCUGCCUCCCACCUUGACCGAGAGGAAGCAGAGCAGGACGGGGUCCGUGGUGCUGCCGUACAUCAUGUCUUCCACCCUAAGGAGACUGUCCAUCACAUCGGUGGCUUCCUCGGUGGUCUCCACAUCUUCCACCUCCUCGGAUAGCACCCCCUCCAGGCCAGGAUCAGAUGGGUCCAUUCUGGAGCCCCUCCUAGAGCGGAGAGCUUCGUCAGGGGCCAAAGUGGAAGAUGUGUCCCUCAGAGAAGACAGCGAUAACCGCAUCGGCAAGUUCAAGCGGAAAGACUGGAACAUUAGCAAGUCUCAGGUCAUCGCAGAGAGGGAGCCAGAAGCUGACCUGUUGAGCCCUGCUAGCAAAGUGCAAAGACCCAAGAGUCUCCAGUUAGUGGACAGCCGGCUGACCUUGUUCCAGGGCUCCCCCCUGCCCUCAUCUAUGCCCCUGAGCCCGCCGCCACUGACCCCGAAAACACCCAGGACCCAAAGCUCGCCAACUUUGCAGGUAGAUGGACUGAUGUCUUCUGGUGCAAAGACAGUUCCACCCCCACCCCCUCCCAAGAGCAAGCCUUAUGAGACCAGCAGCCAGAGGAACUCAGCAGAGGUUGCACCCCCGCUUCCCGUCCAUCGAGAAGCCAAGGGCCCGCCACCUCCACCUCCCAAGGCCCGCAAGUCCGGAGUCCUCUCUUCAGAGCCAGGAUCACAAUGAAGACCCUGCUACCCCUCAGUACCUGUCUAGUAUUUUGGGAUCUGCCAACAUGGACUGUCCAUCUCAAGACCAGCCUCCAAAAGGCAUGGCACCAUUGUCCUCUCAUCUGGGACAACCUUGAACCUGGAUUGAUUCUUUGGAAAGCUUUCCCCACAGCCAUGUUCCAAGGCCAUCUCACGCCUUCUUCAUUCACUUGCAGAAUUCCAAAACUGAUUACAGCCUGUACAUGAUAGUUAAGUAUCUACCUUCGGCCCACAGCCAUCUGGGCCUCCAAAGAGUUUCCUGCCGACUGGUUAUCCAGAGUGACCCUGGAGUCCUUUCCCUGUCCAUGAGAGGCAUUUCUUGCUUUGCUUCUGAAAAGAGAUGCUUGUGUUUGGGUUCCCUUCCUCAAUGGACAUACCCACUCCCAUGUACCUAAACAAUGAGACACCCACAUCUGGACCACUUUUUGUAGCCGAAGUAACAAUAAUUCAUUAGUACGUAAUGAUGUGCCCUUUGAGAAAAGGGAAUGUGUCCAAGGUAAGGCUGGAUGCACCAUCUUUUGGUGAUGAUGUAAAAAGGGUACCUGUUCAGGGAGGAUUGCACCAGAGCGCUGCUGAGGUACCUCUAAAAUCCCAUAAUUCCAUGAGUUUAUGGGCAGUUUACAAAGGAGCCAUGUUGAUCGUGGCUGUGAAUUGAAUGAAAAAAUGGGUGGGGUUUCCCCACUCCAAUAGCCAGAAGAACUCAAAGAUUUUUAAAUGAUUGAGAUAUCACAUUCUGAUUAUACCAAGAGCUAAAAGCAAAGAAUUUCUCCUAAAUGGAAUGCUUUCAGGAUGACCUGGUUACAUCACAGGUCUUAUCUGCUCUCCUGAGAGUCUGUAUCCCUGGUCUGACUGGAGACUUUCAGUUCUGGGGAUUCCAUCAAGUUCACAAACAUUUAUUAAACACUUCCUGUAUGCCAGGCAUGGUGCCAAGUACUGGGAAUACAAAUACAAUUAGAAAGAUUGUCCCUGCCUGCAAAGAGUUUAUGUUCUAGCGGGGAAAGACAACACGUAAAAGUGUAGGAGCAUAGGAGAGAAGGCUUGCCCAGCAUGGAGCCUGGAGAGGCAAGUUCCUUCUCUAUGGUUUAUUGUAACUGCCUCUACUUUCUGACCUGUCACACACAACCCCAUUGCAUUACCUCUUCUGAGCUGGUGUGAAUGAAGUAGGUGACUGUAGAGUCACAGGUGUGAAUGUCAUUGCCCCAGUGACGCCAACUUCAUUCCCCUCCAUCCCACUUUCCAUGGAGUCCAACCUUCAGUGUCUUCCAUCCCACUUUCCAUGUAGUCAGACCAUCAAUCUCCUCCAUCCCCUUUCUAUGACUCAGUGGCCCCAUCAUGUUUCUAUCUGACGCUUUCCUUUUCCACACAUUUGAUUUUGCCUUGUAAAAUCUACAACAGUUCCCCAAAGGGAGCCCCUCCAUAGAACUGAGAAAUUUACAAGAAAUUCCAGAGCCUACAUAAUGCCCUAAAAGCUUCUCUUUUUUGGUCUGAACCUGUGAUGUGGGGAUCUCCUGUCCACAAAGACCCACAACUAUCCUUCAGGAUCAUAGUCACAGAGGGAUGCCUGGGGGGACUGAGAGGCUAAGUGAUUUGGCCCUGCUCAGUAUGGCUCAGAAGCAGGGCAUGAACCCCAAUCUUCCUGGCUUUGAGGCCAGAUCUCUACCUAGGCAGCCACAUUUCCUCUCUCCCUGCUCAUAGCAGGUGGUUCAUAAGUAUUUGGAGGCUCUGACACUUUCUUAGCUGUGUAGCCCUGUUUUUGCACCAAAACCAAUCAACCAGCAAGACCAUUUCCAAUAGGGGUGAGGAAAGGGACCAGAAGAGGCUUCAUGAAGGAAGUGUGCUUGAGUUGGACUUUGAAAGAAGAGUGGGAUUUCAACAAGGGAAGACUGUUGAGUGUGUGCAUAGUGUUUAGAUGGGAGGUGUCCCACCCAUUCCAGGUUUUAGCAGAAAAACAAAAAGGGCAUGAUUUUGAGCCCCCUGGAAUUAUCACACCUGCAAGGAACACUACCUGAAGUCACUCCCAUCCCACAUAACUGGGUCUUUCUUAGACACAAGGGUUUUUAACCUGAAGUCCAUGAACUUAGAUGAGGAAAAAUGAUAUCAUCCUUUUUACUAACCUCUAAAAUUUAGCAUUUCCUUCAAUUAUGAACAUGGGUGACCAAUAUUAUCCUGAGAAAGUGAUCCUAGGCUUUACCGCCCUGCCAAAGGGGUCCAGGACAUCAGGUAAGAAGCCCUUCUUCAAAGGCAGAAGGAGUCAAGAAAGGGCUUCAGGCACAAAGAUGGAACCAGUGGUUUGGGUUUUCCCCCUGCCUUCUUUUAUCAUCCUGCAUCCCCUUGCCCCUAACCCUAGAGGGCAAUGAGCCUGGAUGAGGAAGCCAGAAAAGCAAGAAACCAGCACAGUCUCAAGCCCCCACCCCAGGAGACUGGUAUUCAGGGUGAUAGAUAUCAUGGGAAGAUCCAUGCACUUGGAACCCUGUCUUUGAUGUUGCCUCUGGGACCUACCACAGUCCUGUCCUUUCCUGAGAACUCAGCUUCAUCGUCUGUAAAAUAAGGGGGCUGGGUGAGAUGCAGACUUUCAUCAGGACAGAUAAACAGUGCAUGCUUGGCAUGAGAGGGUCUGGAGUUCUUAGGGUUCCUUCCAGCCCCCAGAGUUCCCACACUUCAGUCUCUUACUAAACGGUAGAGAAUUGGUUCAUUCAGGAAGCAAAAGAGAUACUUGGAUCACAGCCUUACAAAGCAUUGAGGGUGCCCCCAGCUGUCUGGUGGGCUCACUAUGGUGCUCUGAGGACUGAUGGAUCUGUGCCCUUUCUGCCUGCCUUUUAUCUGAAGAUCAAGUGUUUUCCAUGUUAAUGGAAAUAGUGUUCCCUAUUCCCCCCCCCACACGCACAUGCACACACACAUUCUCACACCACAACCCUUUAAAUGCAUAGAAUUCAGUGAGGAUUGUGGAAAGCAGAAGAGGAUUGUAAAGGAAUAGACUUAGCUAUGGGACCAUAUAUUCUAAUCAUUAGCAUGGAAUAGAGUUUUUGACAUUAGGUGUCUGUGACAUUGGCAAAAAAAAGGGCAACCCCCAACAAUCUCCCUACUUCACAAGCUACCAAUAUGAUCUACUGUGUCUAGGACAAUGCAAACACUUUAAUAACCAAGCCCUCCCACACUGUACCAUUUAAGAGCUUACAGGGCUUGGCAAGCCAUUCUUGGUCAAGCUGUUCUAAUUGACAUUGGUCAUGCCACACAUAAUGUCCACUUUGUGAAAGCCCAGUGAAGUUUGUGUAGGCUCUAGUCAGUAGAAGGACAAAGAGUGCCUUUCCUUUGCUAUGGCAUGAUGAGCCUGGAGUUCCAAGACCCAGGCCAUUCUAUCAGGCAACCCUUCUGAGCAUUCACCAAAGUCUUGUCUUAAUCUUCAAGGUCCUGUCCUGGGAGGAUUGAUUGAAGGAACUAGGAAAGCUUAGGGAAGGGAGGGCUUGAGUUGGGCGAGGGGAGGCAUGCCAGGUGUGCCAAAGAUGCCUUUCUUCAGGCAUUUAAAUGGCUGCCCUGGACAAGAACAAGUAGACUUUUGCUCCUUAGUUUCAGAGGGAAGAACCAGAGCAAUGGAUACGAGUUGUAAAGGAAGGUUUUACCAUGAUUGAAGGAACUUCCUGAAAAUUAGAGCAAUCACCAAAUGAAGUCCUUGAGUGGUUGCAGAAUCUCCCACACUGGGUAUCAUUAAGCCAUGGUUGGGUGACCGCUUAGUACACCCACUUGAGUUGUUGUGGGGAAUUUUGGGGGGUAGGCAUUGAAUUAGAGGAAGCCUCUCCCAGCUCUGAGAUUCUGUGUGAUUGCUGGGCGGCUUCAGUAAACCCAUAGUUAGGAAAGAUGCUUUGAGAAGGCUGGAAAUAUUUUGCUGAGAUUUGCUGUUAUUUAUUUAUUUUUAAAUUAAAUCUGGAAUUGAUUUUCUGAA